CCUCCUGGGCGUGGAAAAAAGAAGCUGCGCUCCGCCGGAGCUUCCGCAGCAGCCUUAGCGCAUCUUCCUCUCGGCCAAUCCUCCUCUCUCCACCCGCCCUCACCCUCGCCAGCCUCCUUGCACCUGAGGGAGAGGCCAAGUGCGCUCUAGGCGCGCCUUCCCGCGCGCUGGAGGAGCAAAGCGCCCGGUGCGAACUGGGGGGAAGAGGAGGAGGAGGAGGAGGAGGAGGGCUUCUCGUCGCAGCUGCUGCCAGCCGGGCGGGGGCAAAAAAGGUUGCGGCGGUAGGAUCGGCGGCAGCGGCGGGGGCCUUCUCGCGACCCGAGAGCUAAGCAAAGGGAGAGGAAGAGAGACACGGCGGCGCGCGCCGGGAGGACGGGAGCGUGUUGACAGAAGUGGCAGCAGUCCUAGAAUUAGUUGAAGAUGUCAGGCCAGACGCUGACAGAUCGCAUCGCAGCUGCUCAGUACAGCGUUACAGGAUCAGCUGUAGCCAGAGCAGUCUGCAAAGCAACCACACAUGAAGUGAUGGGCCCCAAGAAGAAACACCUGGAUUAUCUAAUCCAGGCCACAAAUGAAACAAAUGUCAACAUUCCACAAAUGGCUGAUACCCUCUUUGAGAGAGCGACAAACACUAGUUGGGUUGUUGUCUUCAAAGCCUUAGUUACAACACAUCAUCUAAUGGUUCAUGGCAAUGAGAGAUUUAUUCAGUAUUUGGCAUCUAGAAACACACUAUUCAAUCUCAGCAAUUUUUUGGACAAAAGUGGAUCACAUGGAUACGAUAUGUCAACUUUUAUCAGGCGCUACAGUAGAUAUCUGAAUGAAAAAGCAUUUUCAUACAGACAAAUGGCAUUUGAUUUUGCAAGAGUAAAAAAGGGGGCUGAUGGUGUAAUGAGGACGAUGCCCCCGGAAAAACUAUUGAAGGGCAUGCCAAUAUUACAAGGACAAAUAGAUGCACUUCUUGAAUUUGAUGUUCAUCCAAAUGAACUGACAAAUGGGGUCAUAAAUGCUGCAUUUAUGCUUCUGUUCAAAGAUCUCAUCAAGCUUUUUGCUUGUUACAAUGAUGGAGUCAUUAAUUUAUUAGAGAAGUUUUUUGAAAUGAAGAAAGGACAGUGCAAAGAUGCCCUUGAAAUUUAUAAGCGGUUUCUUACUAGGAUGACGAGAGUAUCGGAAUUUCUUAAAGUUGCAGAGCAAGUUGGAAUUGACAAAGGCGAUAUUCCCGAUCUCACGCAAGCUCCCAGUAGUCUUAUGGAGACUCUUGAACAGCAUCUAAAUACUUUGGAAGGAAAGAAACCUGGGAACAAUGAUGGAUCUGGUGCUGGUUCUCCCUUGGGCAAGUCUUCUCCAGCCACAACGGUUACGUCUCCCAAUUCUACCCCAGCAAAAAGUAUUGAUACAUCUCCACCAGUUGAUCUUUUUGCAACAUCUUCAACGACGGCUCCAAUCAGUGCUUCCAAGCCCUCCAGUGAUCUUCUAGAUCUUCAACCAGACUUCACAUCUGGCACUGCACAAGCAGCUUCAGCAGCCCCCACUGGUGGAACAACUUCAUGGGGAGACCUCCUGGGAGAGGACAGUUUGGCUGGAUUUUCCAGUGUUACCUCUGAACCACAGAUUUCAGAUCCAUUUGCACCAGAACCCAUCCUAGCUCCUCCUGUUGCAACUGCUGACACAGCCACUACUUCUGCAACUACCACCGGUGCUGCUCCUGCGGCCGCGGCUGCUGAGGUGGAUCUCUUUGGAGAUGCCUUUGCAGCUUCUCCUGGUGACGCCCCUGCAGCACCUGAAGGGGCAGCAGCACCAGCUACCCCAACCCCCGUAGCAGCAGCUCUUGAUGCAUGCUCAGGAAAUGACCCCUUUGCCCCAUCAGAAGGCAAUGCAGAGGCUGCUCCUGAGCUGGAUCUCUUUGCUAUGAAGCCAGCUGAGACCGGCGUUCCUGUAGUUACCCCUACAACUAGUGCAGCUACUUCCGCAACCAGUCCUACUCCAGUUGCUGCUGUGGCCCCUCCAGUCCCUGCUACAACUGCUGCUACUACUGCUACUGUCACUACUGCUACUACAUCUGCUCCUACCACCACUACCACCACCUCUGCUCCUGCUCUAGAUAUCUUUGGUGAUUUGUUUGACUCCACACCUGCUGAGGUUCCUGCGCCACCUAAGUCAGAUGCAGCUCCUGGCAUAGACCUAUUUGGGACAGAUACUUUUUCUUCUACAACUACUGGAGCUUCUCCUGGGCCCGAGAAUUCUCUCACUGGUGAUCUCUUAUCAGAUCCUUUUGGAAGUGGCCCUUCAGAGCCCCAACCUGCAGUUUCAACUGCUUCUAGUGCUUCUGCUUCUGCUGACCUAUUAGCUGGCUUUGGAGGUUCUUUUAUUGCUCCGUCUCCAUCACCUUCCCCCAUCACACCAGCUCAGGCUAAUAUAUUGCAGCCCAAUUUUGAAGCAGCCUUUGGAGCAGUUCCUUCUUCCCCUGCUAGCAGUUCCUUCGAUCCCUCAGUGUUUGAUGGCUUAGGUGAUCUUCUUAUGCCCACUACAAUGCAAACUGGUCAGCCUUUAUCCAGUGGAGGCACAGCUACUGGUUCUGGUUCAGCUGCAACCAAACCAAUUGGAAGUGAUCUUGACUCCUCUCUUGCAAACUUAGUAGGAAAUCUUGGAAUUACCACAACAAAGAAGGGAGACCUUCAGUGGAAUGCAGGAGAGAAGAGGUUAACAGGAGGAGCCAACUGGCAACCAAAAGUAGCACCUGCAACAUGGUCAUCUGGAGUUCCUCCAAGUGGCUCCUUGGUACGUGGAGAUAACUGCAUAUUUCAUAGAUGUACAAAAUUCCAUGUGAACAUGACGUUGACUUCUGCAAAAGGGCGUGGCACAAACAGUCUCUUUUAUAAUCAGGAGAGGAUCUUAAUCAGCAUCAGCUAAGCGCAAUCAUCUCCUGUCAUUACACAGUUGUUCUUGCCGCCGAGUAGCCCUUUG